AGUUUUGUUUCUUCUCAGCAUUGACGAUGCUAUGAAAGGCAUUUCGACUUUCGGGUCCCUGUAUAGCGAACUGAACCUAACAUGUUCUUGUUUAACGAUCUGCUCCUUCGUGGUCCCUCAUCUUGGAGUCCUGUGCUCUUUCAAUUAAAUGGAUGAAUUUCAUUCGCAAAUUGAGUCCUUUUUUCUGCGUGCUGUGGAGCAGAUGGCCCCCAUCAACAUUGACUCUUUCCCUAAGGGAUUUCCUACCGAAGCUGAGAAGUCACAUCCCGUUCAACCAUUGUUUCUGCUCAGUUCUUCGCCUAUCAAGCUUUUCUCAUCACAAAUCGCUCCGAGAUCACCUUUUGCAACUGAGCCUGAAUCAGAUUAUCCUAUUGUGUCUAAUUCGUGUAGCUCCGACUGCACUUCCAAUGUAACCCGAGAACCUCAAUCCACCCACUUCGUGUAUCCCUCGAAAGAACAGAUAUUGACUGAGCUUCAACCUGAAUCUUGCCUGUCAACCCAACUUCAUUCGACACACUUACCAGAUGACAACGUGCAUACUUGUUUCAGAUUAACUCAAGAGUUUGAAGAGAGCAUGUCGCAGUUCAAUCUUACUCAGCUUCUUGAUUUCACUGACGACCACCCUUUUAACCCCACCGGCCCUCAUAUCCCAUCCGUAGCUGAGUCUUCGCAGACUUCUUGUCCCAAGCUAAUUAGCUCUUUAUCUGCAGCUACUCCACUUAAUGAAAUUUCUACUACCACCGUUUUGGACAGCUGCAUCAUCGCAUCUGCACGACCCUGUGCACUUCAAGCGGAUUUUGAGUGUGCUUCAGCCACAAGGGUGCCCGCAUUUGUGACCGCUGGUGGUAGACGAAUUUCGUCUCCCAAGAGCGAAGCGUUGUUGAAGGCCCGUUCUCUGUUCUCCGAUGUGCUCGAGGAUGAAUGUGCCACCUCUUCAACAGAGGCAAAUGCUGAUUUGCACGUCAGCGUGGCCGAAACCGCACUGUUCUCUGCACCUCAGGCGGCUAUUGGACCUGCUUCCGCCACCGGGAUGCCUGCAUUUGUGACCGCUGGUGGUAGGCGAAUUUCGCCUCCCAAGAGUGAAGCGUUGUUGAAGGCCCGUUCUCUGUUCUCCGAUGUGCUCGAGGAUGAAUGUGCCACCUCUUCAACAGAGGCAAAUGCUGAUUUGCACGUCAGCGUGGCCGAAACCGCACUGUUCUCUGCACCUCAGGCGGCUAUUGGACCUGCUUCCGCCACCGGGAUGCCUGCAUUUGUGACCGCUGGUGGUAGGCGAAUUUCGCCUCCCAAGAGUGAAGCGUUGUUGAAGGCCCGUUCUCUGUUCUCCGAUGUGCUCGAGGAUGAAUGUGCCACCUCUUCAACAGAGGCAAAUGCUGAUUUGCACGUCAGCGUAGCCGAAACCCCACUGUUCUCUGCACCUCAGGCGGCUAUUGGACCUGCUUCCGCCACCGGGAUGCCUGCAUUUGUGACCGCUGGUGGUAGGCGAAUUUCGCCUCCCAAGAGUGAAGCGUUGUUGAAGGCCCGUUCUCUGUUCUCCGAUGUGCUCAAGGAUGAAUGUGCCAUCUCUUCAACAGAGGCAAAUGCUGAUUUGCACGUCAGCGUGGCCGAAACCGCACUGUUCUCUGCACCUCAGGCGGCUAUUGGACCUGCUUCCGCCACCGGGAUGCCUGCAUUUGUGACCGCUGGUGGUAGGCGAAUUUCGUCUCCCAAGAGUGAAGCGUUGUUGAAGGCUCGUUCUCUGUUCUCCGAUGUGCUCGAGGAUGAAUGUGUCACCGCUUCAACAGAGGCAAAUGCUGGUUUGCACGUCAGCAUAGCCGAAACCCCACUGUUCUCUGCACCUCAGGUGGCUAUUGGACCUGCUUCCACCACCAGGAUGCCUGCAUUUGUGACCGCUGGUGGUAGGCGAAUUUCGUCUCCCAAGAGUGAAGCGUUGUUGAAGGCUCGUUCUCUGUUCUCCGAUGUGCUCGAGGAUGAAUGUGUCACCGCUUCAACAGAGGCAAAUGCUGGUUUGCACGUCAGCAUAGCCGAAACCCCACUGUUCUCUGCACCUCAGGUGGCUAUUGGACCUGCUUCCACCACCAGGAUGCCUGCAUUUGUGACCGCUGGUGGUAGGCGAAUUUCGUCUCCCAAGAGUGAAGCGUUGUUGAAGGCCCGUUCUCUGUUACCCGAUGUGCACGAAGGUGCAUUUAAUGACUGGCAUAUGUUUCCUACAGAAAUUGGAAACUCUGCGCCCAGUAUUAGAUCUCAUCACUCACUUUUUCAAGAGUCUUCAGAUUCUUCAUUAAUCUCGUUAGCAAAUGAGAUUUCCAUCCUCGAAACGCCACUUGGUAUGCGGUUAGCGUAUCCGGAAAAAGAAAUCACUUUGAUUCAAGGGACUCACAUGAACUUACAUCCUUCCAGCAAUCGUGGUGUUCAAUAUCUUAACCAAUCAACUCUUUCGAAGUCAAAUAUCACCGAAGACAACCCUCCACUUGCUACUAAUUUAAGUGUUCUUAGUGGGGACGCGGUAAAUUUGAACUCUUCACAUCCGACUUCUACGCAUGGCGGCAACGUUGUUGACCCAAGCCACGACGAAUCAAGUUGGAAGGCAUCGUAUAUCGCCGAGGAGAUUUCCAUCUGUACCUCGAAGGAUUCCACCCGUCAAACCCAACCCGAUCGCUACGUACUGACUGGAUUUAACCAGACUUCCGGGCCUCCGCUGCAUCCAUCAUCAACUGCUGGACUUGAACAUUCAAAACAACUGUGUGAAACUGAUGGUGAUGCUCUUGUAUCUCCUCUUGAUUCCCACACGGAAACUACUGAACGUAUAGCUGUUUUUGGAGAGAAACUGGACUUCACUGGCUCGCCACUUACUCAUCAUGUGCUUUCCAUGGUGACUUACUCAGGGUUCGGAGCUGGUCCCACAUCAUUUCAGAACAGUGACGCUCCUACUUCUGUUCCAUUACCUCAGAACGAAGGACCGAACGAAAGUCGCUCACCUGGUUCUCUCGUUAACGAGGGUUCCGUUCAUGAAUUUCCAAUAGGCAAUGAGAAGUUUGCGUCCGAUCCUGAUUUGGACUGCGUACCUACUUCUCCCAGAUCUCCAGAAUUUCCUAAUGUGUCCAAACUGUCGACCGAAAUAGUAUUGGGAGUUGAUGAACCGGAUUCACUCAAUCUGCUGAUGGAGGAUUCCCAAUUUCAGGAAUCUGCGCCAACGCUUUUGUGGAACCAUGGCCUUGCGAAAACAGAUCGUAGGUAA